UUUAUCGGAUUCCAAUAUGGCAAUCCAGAGAAACUGUAGUUGAACUUUAAUGAAUUAUUGUAUAUGUAAUUGUUGGUCGUGUUUCUGUAAUAUAAGUAAAACGUUUUAAUAUAACUUGAAACGUCAUAUAUUCUGCGUAAAAACACUUAUUAUUGCUGAUUUAAUUUAAUUACGUUUCAUGAUGACAGACGAGUAUAACACGACUGAAGUUUGUCGACUAUGUGCAGUGAGGAGUGGUAUGCGAAUGCAUAUAUUUGAUAAAGAAGGAGAACAACGACAGUUACUGUUUAAGAUACGGACGUGUCUACCGAUUGUUAUCUCAAAAGAUGACUCAUUACCGAAGAAAAUUUGCCAUCGUUGUGCUUAUAAACUUGACAUGUUUUAUGAAUUUAGGCUCAGCUGCCUAAAUUCUGAGACGUUGCUUAAAAAUCAUGUAACAAAUGGAAGCCAGGUGGGAGUGAAGUUGGACAAGAUGAGUGACGCUCAGAAAUUGGCGUAUUCAGAGGCCAUGCAGCAGCACAUGGCCCAAGUGGCUGCAUUGCAAUGCAAAGGGCAGGAUGAAAAACUUGACAGGGGACACAAUAAGGACUCUAACGAUUGUCAGAACGUAAUGGGAGGUCGCUUGGUUGAAUAUCCAACUACAUUAAAAGUUCCACAUGUCUCUCAGCCAGUCGGAGACCAUUAUGUUAACAAACCAAAUCCAGAGUCAACAUUUGUUAUUCCAGAUGAUGGAAUGGGCUUUGAUGAUGGAGUGAGGGUGCUUAGAGCACUGGGAACUUGGUCACCAGAUUAUAGCACCAAUCCCCCUCGACCUGGGAUGUUACAAACUCCAGAACAUCCUUACAGUGAAAGCAGUCAUGGUAGUGGGAUUGGGGGUCCAAGAAAACUUCCUACAGUAGCAACGGCAGCUUCUGCAGUAGCAACUGCAGUAGCAGGAAAGGGGCGGGGUGGGGCAAGCAAGCCUGGUGGAGAAAGCAGUAGUGGUAAGAGUUUUGCAUGUACUGUCUGUGGAAAAGGCCUGGCACGCAAGGACAAGCUUGUCAUUCACAUGCGAAUCCAUACUGGGGAGAAACCUUACGUGUGUGAGGUGUGCACCAAGGCAUUUGCACGUCGUGACAAGUUGGUUAUCCACAUGAACAAAAUGAAACAUCGCACGCCAUCAAACAUAGCUCCACUUGGAAAGCGUGGUGUAGUUGAUCGUGCAGCAGAAGUCAAACCUGUGAAAACUGUGGAGAAGGAGGCAAGCACCUCUGUUCAAGCCCCACAGGCACCUGGUGUUACUUGGAGCUGUGAGCUGUGUGGACGUGUUUUUGGCACUCGUGAUGAGUGGACUGCACAUGCUAAAGGACAUUUGGAAGAGAAGAUGUUGAGUUCAGUGCACCAACAGCAACAGCCAUUGCAGAAUCCAAGCCAACUUGGCACUGGGUGCCCCAGUGGCAUGGCUCCAACACCCUAUUUCCCCCCACACGUCCAACCAUAUGCAGGUGAGCGCCACUUCUGCCUUGUAUGCCGACAAGACUUCGGCAAUAAAGCUGAUUUCAUGUUUCAUGUGCGUAGUCAUUUUGAAGGCAAGCCACCAGAUUUGGACCUCUUGGCACGUAGUUGUGGAGGCCUUGUUGAUAGUUCUGGCCUUUGCACGUAAGCAAGAAUACAAUUUUAUUCUUCAUUACAGCAUUGGAGAUUCAAGAUAAUGAGCUGUGACUAAAUGUUAUGCUGAAGUUGUCUCAUACACAUUAAUUGAGGAAUGUUCUAAAGUGUGUUAGGAUACAAGAGCAUUUCCUUGGAAGUAUUAGUGAGGAUAUAUAUGUCUGACAUCGUGGUACUUCUGAGACCAUUAUUGUAUCUCUUACCAAGCCAUUAAUCUGGUAAAAGUUCUGUUCCCCCAGUAUAUAUGUAUGGUCUGUAGACUGAUUUGAAUCUUUGCUGCACAGCUGUGACACUCUACCUCAUUCUUGGCUGACGUGAACACAAUUGGAAACAAUGACAAUACAACUCUUAAUUCCUCUCACUGUAUAUGAACAGCCCUGAGUAUUAACCAUUUUAGGCUAAAGAAAAUGAUUUAUUGUUAAUUUCACCCUGCUGCUUUUCUGUUGACAGAUAUUUGUUUUUAUCAUAAAGGCAGUUAAAAUUUAACAUAAAUGUAUAAAAACAUUUUCAGAAACUGCUGAAAAUAUGUUGCUUGUCUAUUUACAUGGUAUAAAUA